CCGACCUAAGAGCUUAACAAAAGUGAAAGCCUCUCUCUCUCUCUCUCUCCCUCUCUCGUGGUGGCAAUGGCGAAAGGUGACGAUGCAGUGAUGAGGAAGAGGAGCAAGGCGAGCAGGAAGAAGCUUAAGAAGCAGAGUGACUCGUCUUCUUCGGUCUCUGCUCGGGUCGCCGCCAUUAUUGCUUCCAAGAAGCGCCGCAAGUCAGGAAAACGACGCAUGUGCGAGGGGAUGUGUUUUAGCCUCCCUACUCCUGAUGAUCCUUUCAACGACAGGCAUGAAAAAAAGGAUUCGAAAAGAAAGGAACCUAAGAAGAAAAUGACUUCCCAAGACGACGAGAGGGAUUUUGUUAAAGGGAAGAGUGCUGCACUGAGGAAAGGAACGGAAGCUAGGAAUGUCACGUUAGAACAGAGAAAUGAGAAGGUUGUGAAUUUGAAGGAUGAACAAAAAAGUUCAAUGAUAUCCACCAUGAACGGUCUGGGCCAGAAAUGUCUUGUUGACUCAGAAGAAAAGGUUCAAGUGAUUGGGAAGAAAGGUGAACAUGGUCAAUAUGGAUGGGCCUGUGAAAACUUAAAUCAUCCCUCAAAGUUUCUCAUUAUGUGCUUGAAUUCAAUAGAAAAUGCACUGCGACAUGAUGGUACCUACAUUAGUGAAGAGGACAAGCCUUUGUUUGUUAAUGAAUGGGGAGUUGAAUUCUGGAAAUAUUAUUCAACUGGAAAGGAUAUUUUGGAGACAAGUGGAGCUAGUUCUACUGUAGAGCAAAUUGCUUGGAUGUUUUCCACUGCUGCUGAUACCAUUGCAAGAAAGGAGAAAGAAGGCCUGACAUUUGCCAGUCCCUUUCUUUUAUUCCUUGUACCAUCCCAGGAGAAAGCUGCCAAGGUUCGCUCAAUCUGCAAGCCUUUGAAGGCUCUUGGAAUACAUACUGUGAGUAUACAUCCUGGUGCAUCAUUGGAUCACCAGAUUCAAGGUCUAAAGAGCUGUGAGCCUGAGUUCCUCGUGUCUACACCUGAGAGGCUACUGGAACUUGUUACCUUUAAGGCAAUUGAUAUUUCUGGUGUCUCCUUGCUGGUCGUUGAUGGACUCGAACGUCUUUCAGAUAGUGGUUAUCCUGAUAUGAUAAAAUCCAUUAGGCAAUCUAUAUCGGGAAUUCCACUUACUGUGGUUUUCAAUGAUUGCUUCAGUCAUGCUUCUGUUCCAUCGGUUCAAAACCUUUUCUCGCGAUCAAUCCAUAGACUUUCGCUUAAUCGUACCAUUGCCAGUCUAAGUUCAUGCAUUGUCCAGUCAGUGAAUGUGUGCACCUCAGAAGAAGAAAAACUAUCAAAGUGCAUUCAAGUUCUGGAUCAAACUUAUGGAAAUCAACUCUUGUCUCAACCCCUGAAGGUGCUAUACAUAUUUGCUAAAGAUUGCAACCUAAGCAAAUUAGCCACUGCUCUCAAAAUCAAGGGUUAUUCUGUAUCGAGUGACUCAUCGUGUACCAUUUCAAAUUUUAACAACAGCAAAAUGAAACCUGCAGUGUCCAUGAUCAAUAUUGAGCAGAUAAGUACUGCUGAUUUAGAGGAGUAUGAGAUUGUAAUAAUACCCAGCUUCGUACUUCCAAUUGACAGUUAUGUGCAUGUUCUCACAAGGAUGGCCCGCCAUACGAUCAACGGUGUGUUGCACAGCUUCUUAACCGAAGAAAAUGCGGCGCUUGCUGGACCAUUGACUGAAAUCCUAGAACAAUGUGGGCAGGCAGUGCCUGAAGCUUUAAGAAAGUUGUGUCUGACAGCAUCCAUGUGGGAACAAUGAAGUUGGAUGCGCUUUCAUCAUUAUAUGUUUUCAUUCUUUCUGGGUCCUGCAUCAUCUUUACCACAAGCAUAAUUUGUUUGAAAUUGCAUAAUGUUUUUUGUUUUUUUGCUAUGGUUCUGUCCAAUAGCUUAUGCAGUUGUUGAUGAGGGGAUUAGAAUGUCAUAAUCUCAUAAUAGCUUGAAAAUUUCAGGGAGAAGUCAAUUUUGAGUCUUGAUAGAUUAUACUCAAUUAGAGCCCUCUGAUAUCUCAAUUAUCAGAAAGAGCUAUUUGCUGAUUAUUUCUCUAAUUUGUAUGGAAGAGCUUUACUUUUGUUGAUCACCAAAACAAGAUAUGUAAUAAAGUUUUUUUUUAAUCA